AUGAAGACGUUUCUACUCGCUGCGUUGGCGAGUACCGCCACAGCUCAUACCAUAUUCCAAAAGGUCUCGGUGAACGGUGUAGACCAAGGGCAGCUCAAGGGCGUCCGCGCACCUGAUUCCGACUACCCCAUCACUAGCGUCACCGAUGCAGCUUUCGCUUGCAACAAAGACAUCAAGCACAAAGAUACUACCGUGAUAAGCAUUCCGGCAGGAGCAAAAGUCGGCGCGUGGUGGGGGCAUGUGAUUGGAGGAAAGCAGAGUGCUAACGAUCCUGACCAUCCUAUUGCUGCAAGUCACAAAGGUCCGAUACAAUACUAUCUUGCCAAGGUAGACAACGCUGCCACCACCGGCACCACGGGCCUCCAAUGGUUCAAGGUCGCCCAUGAUGGCUUGAGCAAUGGCAAGUGGGCCGUCGACACUAUGAUCGCGAAUGAGGGGUGGCAUUACUUUACCAUGCCUACUUGUGUAGCUCCAGGCGACUAUCUUAUGCGUGUUGAGCUCAUCGCCCUUCACGGCGCUCAAAACCAAGGCGGUGCCCAAUUCUACAUGGAGUGUGCCCAGAUUCGCGUUACAGGCAGUGGUACGAACAAAGGCUCGAACUUCGUAUCUUUCCCUGGUGCCUACAAAGCCAACGAUGCUGGUAUCCAGGUCAGCAUCUACGAUAACACUGGCAAACCAUAUAUGGGUGGCAAAGCAUACUCAAUUCCGGGGCCUGUGCCCCUCACUUGUGCGGCUGGACAGGAGGGAGACAGUGGUUCGACGCCCUCACCGCAAGAGCCAGCGCCAGCACCCGAAGCGCCGGCUGCAGGAGCGGCGUUAUAUGCGCAGUGCGGCGGCGCAACAUGGACUGGGCCGACAACUUGCGCACAAGGAACGUGCAAGGUGAGCAAUGAGCAUUACUCGCAAUGUCUGCCAUAG